AUGCCUAUUGAAGUCGGUGGUGAAGAAGAAGAGAGUGAAGGAGGUGAAGCUCCAGCGUCUCAGCUUGAAGCUCUGCGCCACUUACCGCAAAUGGAUGAGCUUCGUAAUCUUGUGCGUUCCAAUCCUGAGAUUCUCCCUUCAUUAAUUCAGCAAAUCGCAACUGUAAACCCUGAGCUGAUGGAAAUCAUCCAAAACAAUCAGGAGGAAUUUCUGCGCAUAUUAAACACUGCGCCUGGUUCAGGUGCUGCACAGGUAGCCCCU